GAAGGUCAGUAUACGUAUGCGCGGGUCUUAAUUCAGAUCACAAGAAAAUGUCGACUGGCUCUUUUCAAUCAGUUUUGAUUACCAAAGAAAUGUAUUUAUUUUUGGUUUUGGACUUAAAAUCAUUAUUUUUCUCGGUUAACGCAAGAUAAACUUCCUGUUUGGAUUGAGUUCUUGAUCUCUGAUCUGUUCUUAUACUAUUAUUUUUGGUUAUAUUUAGCAGUUUCCACUGGUGAAGUGGCAGAAUACACAUGGAAUCAAUACCAACACGCACAUAAAGGUCAACAUCUAAAUCCCACACAAUUGUCCGCUGGAUUCCGUCGCCGCCAACGACCGGAAUUCAUUUAUUCUCCAAAGCAACAAACUUACUACCAGGAAAACAAACAGCAACGUUCAUCUCGUCAACAACAAUCUGCACUGGCAACUCAUCAUGACAAGAAACAGUCGCAACCGACCAAAGGGCCAUUAAUAUGGAAUGAAUAUCAAAAGCAUAUUGGUAAAGGUAAAACUAGUACAGAAAAUUCGACACCAUAUCAACAAUAUAAAACAUUUCAGUGGGAUGACAGUUACCGAUUAGAAAUCACUUCAAAUGGUCAAUUGGAUCCGAAUGCACCCGGCAGCCAAGAAGCCAUUAAAACUGGCCUGUUCGACGAGCAAGGGUUUCUUCGACGAGAAGGUCGAAUAUCCUAUUCAGCAUUUCAAACAAUUCUUCGCCAGAUGAAUGUUAACCCUGAACAAAUAUCUUCCAUGUAUGCGAACUUAACCGGUACUCCAGACCUUAAUACCGGUCAUUUGAAACAAAAUUCUAAAUAUAAAAAACAUAUUCCACAACAUCUGUCACCACAACGACGACCACGCGAUGCCGAUCAUGUAUUUGAACCACAAAAUAUUAAAUCGUUUUUGAUACAUAGGCGACUGGACGAUCAUAAUUUCCAUAUAUUACGUCAAGUAUUGAAUAGUCAACAAAAUAUUCAAUCGAGAGGUGCAAAAGUA